UCCUGGUUGGUCAGAAGUAAAUGUGGGAGAUGUCUUCAUCAGGGAUCAAAUUCCUAUAAAAGCCAGGGUUGCAGUUGAAGUCCUCUCAUCAACAGGAUCAUACAGCAAUCAUGAGGUCUCUGGUCUUCAUUCUGCUCAUCGGAGCUGCCUUUGCCACCGAGGACGACAAGAUCGUCGGAGGGUAUGAGUGCACGCCCUACUCCCAGCCCCAUCAGGUGUCCCUGAAUGCUGGCUACCACUUCUGCGGUGGCUCCCUGGUCAAUGACCUGUGGGUGGUGUCCGCUGCUCACUGCUACAAGUCCCGCGUGGAGGUGCGUCUGGGAGAGCACAACAUCCAGAUCAAUGAGGGAACUGAGCAGUUCAUCACCUCUUCCCGUGUGAUCCGUCACCCUUCAUACAACUCCUACACCCUUGACAGCGACAUCAUGCUGAUCAAGCUGAGCAAGGCCGUCACCUUCAACCAGUAUGUGCAGCCCGUGGCUCUGCCCUCCAGCUGUGCUCCCGCUGGCACCAUGUGCUUGGUCUCUGGCUGGGGCAACACCAUGAGCGCCACUGCUGACAAGAACAAGCUGCAGUGCCUGGGUAUCCCCAUCCUGUCUACCAAGGACUGUGAGAACUCCUAUCCCGGCAUGAUCACUAAUGCCAUGUUCUGCGCUGGAUAUCUGGCCGGAGGCAAGGACUCUUGCCAGGGUGACUCUGGUGGCCCCGUUGUGUGCAACGGUCAGCUGCAGGGUGUUGUGUCCUGGGGCUAUGGAUGUGCUGAGGUGAACCACCCUGGUGUCUACACUAAGGUCUGCCUCUUCAACAGCUGGCUGGAGAGCACCAUGGCUAGCUAUUAAGUGAUCCUAAAGCAAGUUCAGUCCACGGCCUCAACAAACACUUGAGGUUCAUCAACAUCAACAUCAUUAGAAGUUUAUGUUCCAUCUGUUGUUCUGGACUGUAUUAUAAAUAAAAAAACUGUAAAGCAAGAAAA